GCCACGCACUGAUGCAAGCAGCACGUUUCCGGCCUGAGUAACCGCCGCGUAUUUGGGGAGGCACUUCUACCGGCAGUUCCCACCGCACUAGAAGCCUCCUAAACCGCCACCUCUGUCACCAGCGCCACCAUGGGAGCUGUGCUGGGCGUUUUCUCCCUGGCCAGCUGGGUUCCAUGCCUUUGUGGUGGUGCGUCGUGUUUGCUGUGCAGCUGCUGUCCCAACACUAAGAAUUCCACGGUGACACGCCUCAUCUACGCUUUCAUCCUCUUCCUGGGCGCUGUUGCAUCCUGUAUUAUGCUGACAGAACCGGUAGAAGCUCAGCUGAAGAAGAUCCCUGGAUUCUGUGAAGGGGAAUUUAAUUUCAAGGUGGCUGAUCUAAAGGCAAAUAAGGAUUGUGAUGUGCAGGUCGGUUUUAAAGCUGUAUAUCGGAUCAGCUUCGCCCUGGCCAUCUUUUUCUUUGCCUUUUCUCUGCUCAUGAUAAAAGUAAAAUCGAGUAAAGAUCCCAGAGCAGCAAUACACAAUGGGUUUUGGUUCUUCAAAAUUGCUGCCAUUGUUGGCAUCAUGGUGGGCUCUUUCUACAUCCCCGGGGGCCACUUCACCACAGCCUGGUUUGUUAUUGGCAUGAUUGGGGCCUUCUUAUUCAUCCUUAUCCAGCUGGUGCUGUUGGUGGACAUGGCUCACUCUCGGAAUGAAUCCUGGGUAAAUCGAAUGGAAGAAGGAAACUCGAGGCGCUGGUAUGCUGUUUUACUAUCUGUCACAAGCGUCCUGUACAUCGUCUCGCUCGUCGGGGUCGGCUGCCUGUAUGCGUACUACACCAGGCCGGACGGCUGCACGGAGAACAAGUUCUUCAUCAGCGUUAACCUGAUCCUUUGCGUUAUCGUUUCCAUUAUAUCAAUCCUUCCAAAAAUUCAGGAACACCAGCCUCGUUCUGGCCUCCUGCAGUCCUCCGUCAUCACCGCCUACACCAUGUACCUCACGUGGUCGGCCAUGACCAAUGAGCCUGAUCCUUCCUGCAACCCAGGCCUGUUGAGCAUCAUCACGAACAUGCCUGCAUCGACCAUGGCUCCUGGAAACACCACUGCUGUGGCCCCUACCUCUGCUCCGCCAUCACCGAGUGGGCAUUUUCUGGAUAAACACGCUAUUGGGGGGCUGAUAAUCUCUGUUAUCUGCCUUUUGUACUCUAGCUUGCGCACUUCCAGCAACAGCCAAGUAAGCAAGCUGACCCUGUCCGGGAGUGAAAGUGUGAUCCUCCGCGACACAGCUGCCAGCGGGGCCAGCGAUGAAGAAGAGGGACAGCCUCGGCGGGUGGCGGACAACGAGAAGGAGGGAGUUCAGUACUGCUACUCUGUCUUCCACUUCAUGCUGUUCCUGGCUUCCCUGUACGUCAUGAUGACCAUGACCAGCUGGUACAGCCCUGACACCGAGUUCCAGAAGGUGACCAGCAAGUGGCCAGCGGUGUGGGUCAAGAUCAGCUCCAGCUGGGUCUGCCUCCUCCUCUACGUGUGGACCCUCGUGGCUCCGCUCAUCAUCACCAGCCGUGACUUCAGCUGAGCCCCGAGGCCCGGGACGCCGCUGGAGUUCGUAGGCUGCCUGUGCUGGGAGCCCCGCUGCUUUUGCUUCAACUAAAAUAGUCAGUGAACGCUUUGCGAAUUUGACUGUAUCAGGGUUCGUGCCUGAGGGCAAGGCUGAAUUACUACGGACGCAGGAUCUGAACUUUACAUGUAUAUUAUGCUUAUUUUAAGGAUAGAGCACAAAGGGAACAUUUUUGCAUUGUAAAGUGAAACUACAGCUGUGCUGUGAAGAGUUCUUUAUUAAGACCUAUAGGUUCCUGCAACUUUGAUGUAAAAUAUAAGAUAGAAAAAUAUCAGAUAUUUGAGGCCAUCGUUAAUAUAUUUCUAUUGCAGUAUCCUUAAAGAGCAGGAAAAAAGUAAUAAUGUGUGUGUGUGGCAGGUUUCCUCCCUGAAAGUCUCUGCUGGUGUGGUCCUAGCCCUCUGCUCUGUCCUGAAACGCUCGAGGCGUAAUAUCGCGGGUUUGCUUGGGCAAAGUGGUGUGUGUGUGUGUGUGUGUGUCUUUCCCCCGGGAGGGCUUGCUGAUGGGGCCGCUGCUUCUGCAUCCUGAGUUUUUUUCAUUUUUUUUAUUACUAUGGCACUGAUGCUGCUUGAUUCAAGUCUGGCUUUGCCAGAACGUUAAUUUCAAAAAAAAAAAAAUGCUUUAUAGGUUUGGUUAAAGUGAAGAUUCACUUGGGAAAACACUGCAGCUUUAGUCUAUGUAAUUAAUUAUGUUACGAAUAUGUAAAAGUAAAAUGCAUGUGAGUUAUAUUUGCACUAUAAGGUACUUGAUUAAAAUAGACUCAUGCUUUUAAGGCCCUUUCUUUAACAGCUUUUACAAAUUAGCAGCCAUUCUGUGUUUUUAAGAGUUAUGCGAGCAGGCAGAUUUAUCAGACAUCCAGCAGAAUGCACCCAGUCCUUCUAAAACUUAAGGGCUAGUGAGUAAAGUCUUAAAACUCAUUCAGAAAUUGUCCUAAUACAUACCGCUGGGUGAGACGCUUGGGUAGAGGAAAGGCAGGGGCAGGAACGUCAGGAAUCCUCUGGAAGGGGUCGUGCGCAAGGAGAGAGAAGUUUGUUCUUUUAACCAAGAUUUACUCUGUUCUUUACCGGCCGUCAGGAGUUGGGAUGCAGCACCUUCUCCGCCACGGUGGACUCCCAGUUUCAGGGAGGGUGGAAACGAGCUGACAAGGGGUGUGAUGUGGUGUCCCUGGUGCCGUGAUUCUGGAAUCGCAGAGAGCUCAGAGAAGCGGUGCCCGGUGCAGGGCUGCCACGGUAGGCUUCCUGGGGGAAGUGAUGUCUAAGCUAAGAACUGUUAGGGGCUGCUGAGAAGAGAGGUGGGAAGGGGGUGGCUUUGCUGAAGAGUAGACAAAACUGCAUGUUAAAGGCAGGGAGAUUUUAAAAAAAAACGUAUAAAGCUGGAAUAGGGAGAAAUGGGCAGGGACCAGGUUAUAAAGGGCUUUGUAAACCACACAGAAGAGUUUGGACCUUAUGUUGAGGGCAGCGGGGAGCUGUGUCUUCAGUCUCCGCAUGUUAGAGAAUGGAUGUAAAGAGAGAAGGCCAGGGCAACCCAUGUAAGAUCUGAAAAGGAGACGUAAAAGUGCAGAUGGGGAGAAAGGGGUCGCUCAGAGCUACUUAGUAAACUACAGUUUAAUGACUGGCAGUGGUUCGAUGUGGGGGAGAGGUAGAUUCCUGAGGGAUUCUGGUUUAGUGACCUGCAUCAGUGGCGGUUCCAUCUGUGUGGUGAGGGGCAGGAAGAGGGACCCGGCAUGCCAGAAGGAGGGGGGUGUGGGCCCUGAGAAUGGCCAGGCGCAUAAUGCCUGGAAGUCUGGCUGGUUCGCAUCAAUUUUGCCAUUUUCUGCCUGUCAAACAGCUAACAUUUAUUAAAUCUGUACUAAGCUUUAUGACCUUGGGCAAGUGACUACCUGUCUGAGCCCCGCUGUUUGCCCUGUUUGGACAAAAGGUAGUACCUACUACCUAAGAUUGUUUAGAGAGCAAAGCUACUUUGCAAAGUGCUCAACCCAUUUUAAGCACUCGGGUAGUACCUGGUAGUCUCAGUAAGGGCUAGAAGAGACUAGACAAUAUUCCAAGGUCAGAGAUUUUCAGCCAAAACCUAGUGCAGGCUAGAUUCGCGUGUUCUUGCAGAAUUAAACACAGGGAACACAGAGGACAUGUCUCAGCUGGGGUGGAGGUGGGCAGGGCAGCAGGGUGUGACGGGUAUGGUUGGAACCACCGUCUGCUAAACCAGUGGUUCACGUUGGGGUACAGGGACAAGGCUGUGAGGGACUUGGGGGGCAGCUGGAGGAGGGUCAGCCCUUUUCCAGUGCGAAGCAGAUACCCCUCUUCCUGAGCAGAGGCCAGCCAGAUCGAACCCAUUAAAGGUCCUAAACUCCAAAAACAUGGUGUACCAACCCCCCCCAUGUACUUUAAAAUAAAAGCAAUACUAAACUGUAAAAUAAGUGUAAUAAAGUCCAAUAAAGUUUUUUAAUUUUUCUUAUGAUGAUAA